CAAGAACGAGACGCGAGUCGCCGGUAACACAGGAAGAGAGGGAGUGUUCAGUAACGUUAGGUCUACAGCAGGGAAGCCUCCGUUACCAGUUAGCAAACAGCUAGCAUAGCUUGUUAGCGCUGUCGUCCGGAGCUCAGCGUUUACAAUUUUAAAAUCAGGCGUGCAUGCCUCAUGGGGCACUGAUGUGAAGACCAGUACAAGAAGGAGCACGUGUUAUCAGAAUGGAUGGACAGACUCAAAGGAUUCAACUUGUGUCAGCUGACAGCAACAUGGCAUUAGGACACAGAAUCCAGAUUGUAACUGAUCCGCAGACGGGCCAAAAGAUCCAGAUUGUCACAGCACUCGAACCAUCUUCCCCAGGAAAGCAGCAGUACAUCCUAGCAAAUGCUGACUAUUCCCCUGGUGGGAAGGUAAUCCUAGCAAAGCAAGAAGGCUCCCCCAACAAGGUCAUCCUUUCCAGUCCAGACGGCUGUGGGGUUAACCAGCUGUUGUUUACAUCACAUGACCUGGCUGGGCAGCAGAUUCAGUUUGUGACUGACGGUUCGGACCAGUCCAUUGUGAAGCCGGUUGUGGAGUACUGCGUUGUCUGUGGGGACAAGGCCUCAGGGCGUCACUACGGAGCGGUCAGCUGUGAGGGUUGUAAAGGCUUCUUCAAACGCAGUAUUCGAAAGAACCUAGUGUACACGUGCCGAAGCUCCGGAGAGUGUGCCAUCAACAAGCUCCACCGAAACCGCUGCCAGUACUGUCGACUGCAGCGCUGCAUAUCUCUGGGCAUGAAACAGGAUUCUGUGCAGUGUGAGAGGAAGCCUGUCGAAGUGACUCCAAGGGAGAAAUCUGUCAACUGUGCGGCCUCCACUGAGAAAAUCUACAUCCGCAAAAACCUGUGUAGUCCUCUGGCUGCCACACCCACUUUUAUGACUGACAAAGAAACUGCCAGGUCUACAAGUUUGCUUGAGUCAAGCAUGUUGCUCAACAUUCAACAACCCUUCUCCAAGAUGGAAAACACCAUCUUGAUUCCAGCAUCCCCUGACAAGCAGGUUGACCCAUCUCAGAGUGACCUCGGCACGCUGGCAAAUGUAGUGACGUCACUCGCCCACCUCAGCAAAGCCAGGGAGGCAAGUGACGGCGGCACCGACCUGAUGGGAGAUGAAACGCUUAGCAACGGGGACAGCUCGAUGACAGACCUGCAAGGGGAAGAGCAAAGUGCAAGUGAUAUUACUCGAGCUUUUGACAACCUGGCCAAAGUCCUGCACCCUGGUGGUGGCACAGUGGGAGAUUCCUUGGAGGCCACGAUGCAGCUGAUGUCGGGGGACCAGUCGGGUCCAAUAGUGGAGUUGGAGGGACCUAUACUCUCUGGCAGCCAUUUCCCCUUCAAGCUUAUGAUGCCUUUGCCUGUGCCAGAGUACCUCAAUGUCAACUACAUUUGUGAGUCAGCUUCCCGGCUACUUUUUCUCUCAAUGCACUGGGCACGCUCCAUUCCUGCUUUCCAGACCCUGGGCGGUCAAGACAAUGACAUUAACUUAAUGAAAGCCUGCUGGAAUGAAUUGUUUGCCCUGGGUCUGGCACAGUGCUCCAACGUCAUGAAUGUUGGUACCAUCCUAAGUGCCAUUAUCAACCAUCUGCAGACCAGCUUACAGGAAGAUAAGCUGUCCCCAGAUCGAGUAAAACUAGUAAUGGAGCACAUCUGGAGAAUGCAGGAGUUCUGUAACAACAUGAUCAAGCUGUCCCCAGACUCUUAUGAAUACGCAUACCUGAAAGCCAUUGUUCUCUUCAGUCCCGAUCACCCAGGCAUCGAUAACACACCACAGAUCGAGCGCUUUCAGGAGAAGGCCUACAUGGAGCUGCAGGACUACGUGACCUCGUCCUACCCAGAGGACUCCUAUCGGUUAUCCAAGCUGUUGCUGCGUCUUCCCGCCCUCCGGCUGAUAAGUGCAGCUGUUACCGAGGAGCUGUUCUUCGCCGGGCUCAUCGGCAACGUGCAGAUCGACAGCAUCAUCCCGUACAUCCUCAAGAUGGAGUCCACUGACUAUAACAGCCAGGCCGUGUCUGGGGUCUGACACCAAAAAGAGGACAAACAAAAAUGAACUCCAUGGGACAAGUGAGUCUGCCAGUAUCUUCCCAUUCAGGAAUGAACCCUUGAAACCUGCAUAGUAGAGUGCGCUUUUUAUUGUACAUAGUAUUUUAUGCUUCAUCUUCUCCAGGCCUAUACUUUUUUCGCAGCUUUUGUUUCCACUUCCAGCCUUCAGGGUGAUUUGUUUUUCAGUGCUCUCCGGCAAGGUUGUGCUUUAUUUUUUAUUUUUGUGAAUUGAUUUGUGAGGUGUCUUUAUCGCAAAAGGUUAUAACCUUUUUAUUUCUUAUUUGUUUGCUAAUCCAAAGGAUCAAGCAACAUUGCUCGUCAAAUAUUUGACAGCUGAAUUAACUGUACAUAGAUUUGUAUAUAGAGUGCACCAAGAAGUCUAAGAUGGGAAGCACUUGUUAAUUCCAUCUUCCGGACAAAAUAAUGUGGAUUGAAAAUGGUGUCAUUUGAAAAUAAAAAACAAACCCCUUUCAA